AUGGAAACGGAUCAUGUAACUGAAAUUUCUGAGACGGCCCGUCCCGGAAAAAUCUUGCCUGAAGUAAACGCACCAUCUAUUCCUCAAAUCACUCCAACUAAGGUAGAUGAUAAUGAUCUCACGGAUCUCAAGGAGGAAUCAACUACAUCUCCAUCUAAUCCAACUUAUGAUCACGCUUAUUUUCGUAAUAAAGCAUUAAAACAAUAUCCUAAUUUAUAUCGAGAAGGUAGUGAUGGAAAUGAUGAUUAUUACGGAUUUACUGAUAAAUUAUUAUGUCCGCUAUGCAAGUUAGAUCAUGAUAAUGAAAAUGGUAUAGAAGGCAGAUAUGAAACUGGAUCUUAUAAUCUUAAAUGUGAACAGCGCGGGAUUGAAAUUGAGCCUAUCACGUUCGAAGCCAAACCUGAUUCAGAGUUAAUUAUCAAAUCCGUGUUAGAGCAUUUCACAUACUUGAAAUUCCGAAAUAGUUUUAGAGGAAUUGAUAAUUAUAGUUUUGCAUCACCUCAGCCGUGGAGCUCACCAUGCCCUAUUUGCAAUGGAAAACAUGGGAAUUAUGGAUUACAUGGCGAAUGGUACCGCGAAAAUGAGAAUCAGCUCCCUUAUGAUCCCGAAUUAGCGAAGUUGUAUUCCCAAGAUAAGUUGGAAUAUUGUCUUACCUGCAACACUUCAAGUAAUAAAUUCAAGUUCGCAAUAGUAGCAUAA